AUGUCCAAGGCACCGCACGGAAGCAAAGGCAUAGGCUACCGGCACAAUGACAGGAUCACACUCACCCGAACUCUACCCUUUUUGAAGCCCAAGGACAUCCGAGAGAAGGGGAAUGCUGUAUGGGUGUUGAUGGACAUUGUGAGCAUGGCAGAGUUCCUCUCAGAGCACGUCACUGGAGAUGGAAACAAGUACGGGAAGAAGCUCAUCAAGGAGCUGGUUGCAUUUCUGAAUACACGCAUUGUCAUGGGUGGAUGGAAGAAAGUGAAGGGCACGGACACCAAAAUUGCAGAUAUCUUCGAAAUCUACAAGGCUGUCACCUAUCUCAAGACGCGUUCAGGUGGCAGCUGGGAUGACGACUUUGGUGCCAAUGUUAUCACGCAAACAGAGUCCGAAAUCUGGGACCAGCUGGUUCUCUCUCGUCUAGUGUGCGCGCCAUUCAGGAACAGUGGAUGGCUUCCCUAUGCUAUCUGGGAGGCACUGGAUCCCGCAAAGCCUAAGGGGGAUAACUCCUUUUGUCUGCGCAUUGGUGUCAUUGGCAAUGACAUAGCGCUCAGUAGGAGAAUGGCUAUGCAAGGCCCUGCAGACUUGCCCUCAGAGUCUGACACUGGAGAGCAAUCACAGUCGCAGUCCCAAUCUCAGCCCCGCUCAUACAGUCCUGACUGGGACGAGCAGGCUAUGCAGAAUGACAACGAAAAUGCAUUGCAAGGCCCGGAGCUGCCGGUUUCGGAGUCGACGGUGCAGCCUCACCUUGAGCCGCAAUCCAACGUGCCUGCUGAGCCUGCACCUGUGACGCUGGCCCCUUCUUUGAAGAAGUGUUCCAUUGCUGCUGCUCCCACGUCUUCCAGGAAGAAGUCGCAUCAUGAGGACAGGAUCAUCGCUGUCAGAAAGUCUCUCAAUGUCUUCAGGGAGCACAUGACAGCAGCGUCAAACAAUGUCACUGAGGUCCUUCGUGUCACAAACAAGAACUCAAGUCCUGAGCAACGAAUGCGUGCAUUUGCACUUGCAAGGGACAAAGAAUGGCUUCCAGUAGCAGACCAGAUUUGA